GCAUCGUUAAGUUGUUCGCCAACUGUCAUGAAAAUACAAGAAGAAGAAGACAUUUCCGCAAAAGAGCAAGAGGCGCCAAACUCUAAAGACUUUUAUGUGAAAAUGGAUUCGACGAGAGAGUUCUUCUCCAAGCUUAGGAAAGUGGUCGUAAGUUUAGAAACAGAAACUGCGAAGCUUCAGGGAGUUUUUGAGGACCGUAAUAAUCAUGAGGACGGUGACAGCGAAACCACAGCCAGAGCCAUGCGAGCCUAUCAUGAAGUGAACGGUGAGGUCUGCAGUCUGAAG